AACUUUAUAUAUCUGUGUAUGUUGUGUACACAGACAUUUCUGCAAACACAGGAGGAUCACAUUUCCCUGUUCCCUGCAAGCAAAGCCUGAUAAUUGGGGUAAAAAUGGCUAAAGAGGUCCACAUCAUGAAUGGAGAUGCUUUACAGGAAUCCAGCUACAUUGAAGAAAGCAGUACCCAGUGUGAUGCCAUCUCCUUGAUCUUUUCUCUCAAAGAAGAAGUUGGAGCUUUAGCAAAAGUUCUCCGCAUAUUUGAGGAAAGGGGGAUAAACCUGACCCACAUUGAGUCCAGACCUUCGCGACUGAACAAAGAUGAAUAUGAGUUUUUCAUCAACGUGGAAAGCAAGAACAUACCUGCUCUUGAGAAAAUCAUCAGGACUUUGAGAGAUGACAUUGGAGCAAAUGUUCAUGAGCUCUCACGGGAAAAGAGGAAAGAUGCCGUACCAUGGUUCCCAAGAAGCAUACAAGAACUGGACAGAUUUGCAAAUCAGAUUCUUAGUUAUGGAGCAGAACUGGAUGCUGAUCACCCAGGGUUCAAAGAUCCUGUUUACCGGGCCAGAAGAAAGGAAUUUGCAGAUAUAGCAUACAACUACAGACAUGGCCAGCCUAUCCCCAGAGUGACUUACACGGAGGAAGAGAAGAAAACAUGGGGAACAGUUUUCAGGGAGCUGAAGACUCUGUAUCCUACACAUGCUUGCUAUGAACACAAUCAUGUCUUCCCUCUCCUGGAAAAAUACUGUGGUUACCAAGAAGACAAUAUUCCACAGCUGGAAGAUGUCUCCAACUUCUUGAAAAGCUGCACUGGAUUUCGCCUACGUCCAGUGGCUGGCCUUCUCUCAUCUCGGGAUUUUUUGGGUGGCUUGGCUUUCAGAGUGUUUCAUUCUACCCAAUACAUUCGUCAUUCAUCAAAACCAAUGUACACACCAGAACCUGAUGUUUGCCAUGAACUUCUAGGUCAUGUUCCUUUGUUUGCUGAUCCCAGUUUUGCUCAGUUUUCCCAAGAAAUUGGAUUGGCUUCCCUGGGAGCUCCAGAUGAAUACAUUGAGAAACUUGCUACGGUUUACUGGUUUACAGUUGAAUUUGGGCUGUGCAAAGAAGGCAAUGCUAUUAAAGCCUAUGGAGCUGGUUUGCUGUCAUCAUAUGGUGAAUUACAGCAUUGCUUGUCAAAUAAACCAGUGAUUGAACCUCUCAACCUAGAGAGGACAUCCAUUCAGAAAUAUCCAGUCACUGAAUUCCAGCCUAUUUACUAUGUUGCUGAAAGUUUUAAAGAUGCAAAGCAAAAGUUAAGGAAAUAUGCCUCCAUCAUUCCUCGUCCAUUCUCAGUCCGGUACAAUCCAUAUACUGAAAGGAUUGAGGUUCUGGAUAACACCAAGCAGCUGAAGAAUUUAGCAGACGCUAUCAACAAUGAAAUGGGACUUCUUUGCAAUGCUCUUCAGAAGAUCAAAUGAAGAAAAUGAUCUCAGACUUCUCGCAUUGGUUCUGAAAGCCAAAAGACCAACACUGAAACAAACAUCAAACUUUUAAACAAUCAUCAUGCCAAUAAUUAACACAAUGUAGACAUGUAUCAGAUAUAUCAUUUGCUUACUAUAUGUAUCAUAUUAACAUAUUUGACAAAUUAAUUAGCAAAUUCUUCCAUUGUUACCUGUAACAAAAAAUGCCAGGUUUAGUUGCUAGACAUUCACACUUUGACAAUGCCCUAAUAUGCAUGCCUAUUUAGAAGCAUGUCUCAUUUGGUUCAGUGGGACUAAUGUCCAAGUAAAUGGGAUUGCAGACUUGUAAACUAUCAGUGGUAGGUAAUUCUCCAGUUCUUCUUCAGCUGCAGCUCCCAUAAGUUCUUGUUACUAUAACCAAUGACAAGGGAUGACAGGAAUUGCAGUCAAGCAAUAUCUCAUGUGCUCUCCACCAACUGCAGAAUGGCUGUUCAGAUGAACUAUUGCAGCAAAACUAUGGGACAGAGGAGAAGAAGCAUUGGUCCUUGCAGAUGGUGGAAGAGAAUGCCACCCUCUACAAUGACCAAAACAAGGUCAGUGUCACCUUCAGCACAUCACUCUUCUGUGUUUUACUACUAGUUUCCCCUAAGAAAACCCUAUGAAAUUUAUAAUAUUCUCACAAAUUGACUGUUAUCACAUAUGCAGGAGAUUUGAAAGCAUAUAAGACUUUGGGAGACAUUUUAAGCUUUUAGAAGAGGCAAAAAUAAACAUCUGUACAAAUGAUGGAAUAUGGUGUGACUAUCUGCAAAAGCCCAGAGGGCACAACCACAACUGAAGGAAGGCUAUACUCGGUUUUAGCCUUCCUUCAGUUGUGGAUGUGCCCUCUGAGCUUUCACAGAUAGUCACACCAUAUUCCAUCAUUUGUACAGCCGGAGAUUCCUCACCUCUGAUUUAGAGAAUAAGAUAGCAGAUCCAUAAGCGUAAAUCAGUCUUAUACUUUUCCUCUCCAUCGGAUCUUUUAUAAAGUUAGUCUCACAGUACAUCAGAAAAUAUUCACAACUAUAUCAUGGUGCUCAGAAAAUCCAACCCUCCCAUGCACUUGCAGUUACUUCAGAUACUGCAGGAAGGAUCAGAGGGAACAACGGAGCUAGUGGGGAAUGGGGAAUGAUAUUAUGUAUAUGUGGGUACAUACUUCAAGUCAACUGUUGAAUUAUAGUGACAAGGUGGAAUCCUCCAAGUGGGUUUUGCCAGUUCCUUCCUCUAAAAUAGUUUCUAGCACCUGGUACUCAUGAUCUCCUUUCCAGAUACUAACUAGGCCUGGCUCUGCCUGGUUCCAAGAUCAGACAGUACUUGGUGCCUUUAGGGUAUUUAGGCUGACUGAAAAGAUGUACUAAUUUAAUAUUGAUCGUUCUAAUCAAUUUUAUCAUCUUAUUUGCUCUAUGAAGUCUGGAUCUAAAGAAAUGCACGUAGUUCUAUAUGUAAAAGGGAACUCUUAAACAUGUAUCUUAAACAACAAUCUCAGAAAAUUACAAAUCACUUUUGAUAUACAAGAUAUCUAGAAACUAUCCAAUCUGCUUAUGCAUAGUCCGAGCACUUAUAGUAAUUUAUAUGAAUUUCACAGGCGUUUCUUCAAGAUGUUGUAGGGUUUGACAAAAAUCCUAUCAUGCUAUCACAAUUUGAGGUACCCUGGUGGCAUUAAAACAUCACCAGUAAAAACUGUCUAGAUAUGUCAAAGAAAUGCACUUUCAAUGGAAAUGUUUCACCAGAAAAAAAUACGUCAGUAUAACUGGCAAAACAGGAAGAGAAUGAGUGUGGGGUGGUGAAGAAUACAAGAGGAGGCAAAGCUAAAUAUUCUGAGCAAAUGUAGCUUCAUGUAUAUCUCUAAUAAAAACCAGGAUAAAAAAUCCUUGUAUUUUUUAAAAGUAAAAUUAAAAAUAUAUAAUUAUUCCAUGUAAAUAAAAUACAUUUAUUGUCCCAA